GCGAAUAUUCGGUAUUUGCGCUACCUUUAGAUCACUUUUUUCUAAUUCAAAGUCAUCUGGUUAACAGUGGUCCCGUGGUUUGUAUUGGUUGCUACUAUAUCCAAAACAAUCCUGCACCUCAUCACAGCUAUGAAUGGCGACAUUAUAGACGUUAUACAAUCAAUCAAAAGUGGAGGAAAAGAUGAUGCUACAAUCCCUAUUCCCUUCGAGAGACUUGCUCAUUAUUUACUACAUGAAAAAGACCGUCUCCCAAGUGAUCUCCGUUUAUCACUUAUUGAAUGCAUAGCGAAAAUGGCGUUCAAUCCAUCAAUCAUUGGAUUAAAAGGCUUCGAGUUAUUAUUUCCUGGCUUAUGGAAUUUGGUAUAUUUUUCCUCUUCAACAGACAAAACGUUAUCGUCUUAUGUGUUCCCUGUACUAAAUCAGAUCCUACAGUUUAAUGCCUUUGUUGAUUUCAGUGGUAGCCUUCCAUCUGUUUUGAUUAUUUCAUUUGAAAAGACAUGUGAAUCAUAUAUGCUUGAAACAGAUUGUCUUUUGUUUUUGAAUGAACUUCUACAGUAUAGUGUAAAGCGUAAUAUAAAUUUGGAAGAUUCUUUGGUAAAGAGCUUGAUCGUGUGUUGCGGGAAAUUUGAUUCAUCAUGUAAAGAUGAUUCACUUUGGAAUUGUUUACUUUUGAUGAUAAAAUUAAUAAAUUUAAUGCCUACAGUCGACAAUGUUAAAGAUUCAUUAGAAUACCUUGAGAAUCCAAUUUUAUUUUGUUUGAAUUGCUUGAAGACUAAACGGUUUUACAGCAUUAACAAACAAUUCUGUAUAGUUCUUCAAUUUUUGGUCGCUUUGUCAAAUGUUUUUCAAUCAUUCAAAUGGUUGGAAAAGUUUUGUAAUCAAACGAAUCAUGGUGAACCAUUUACUCUGGUUGUUACGACGCUUACCAUUGAACUGCGUUUAUAUCUGACUCAGAAAUCCAGAAACAAUAACAGUGGCGACAACAAUGUUCAGUGCAUUUUGAAUUCUGACAGUGUGCAAGAGACAACAGUUAGAACAUCGUCAGAAAAUUGUACAGAUCUCUUAAUUUGCUCAGAUCCCUCAGUAAUUAAUGAAAAUAUAUUGGAAGCAUGUUUACUUCUAUUUCGAUAUUGCUUACAAGAGUUGCAGAAGAGUAACACUGAUGAUGAUAAUGAUAAUGACUUAGAUACUACUAACAAAUGUAGUGAACAUUCUUCUGACUACUCCUUAAUCUCCUAUGCUACUGAUGAUACAGUGAAAAAUAUUUGGUUGCAAUGCUUAGAUACUGGUGACUUAUUACGAAAUUUACUAAGUUCAUUCCAUCCAUCCAUAAGAAUUCAAGAUCCGGAUUGUGAAAUAUGUGCUGAUACACAUUUCUUAUGGGAUAAUUCGGUUAAUGAAAUUAAACCUCUUGGUAUAGUGUUACUUGAAACAUAUUUCAGUUGGAUUGAAGUAUACUUUAAGACACAUUGUAUGGAAUUUGAAAAGGAAUGUGAAGUCAUGUCUGUUUUUGAAGAACUAUGCAAUAAGUACUUAACUCCAGUUUUACCAAUUUUUAAUACAUUGAUGACAAGUGUCUUUGAGAAUCAUCGUCUGUCAACUGAUUCGCAUCAAGUUUUAUUCAUGGGUAAUUUAAAACUCAUUCAAUCCGUUGCAAAUAUCUCAGCUAUUUUAAUUCAACUGUGUAGAAUUUCAUCAAAUCCUCAACUAUUUGCUAGUCUAUUUGUGUAUGAUUCGACUGAUAAGCCAUUUCGUGGAAAUAUCGUUUGUAAAUGGUUGAAGGAAAUUUGUUGCACGGAUAUUAUAACUUCAGAGAGGCCUAAUAUGUCUUCAAUCGUUGCACUUGUUACUAACAUCUUGGAACUUGUAAACAAUUGUCUGCUGAAUACACUAUUACUCAAAACAAAGGAAAAUAUACAGGAAACCAAAUUACUUAUGUGGUUUUUGAGUCCUGGUGAAUUAUUCGAAUUUUUUGCUGGUAAUUGGAUCCCUUUCGUAGAUUCUUUCAUUGUGAAUCAACCUUCUCUUUGCAUAGAAUAUAUUUGUACAGUUAUUAAAAUGUGGAUAGUUUACUGCAGAUGGUCAGAAAUAUUCAGUUCUAAUCUACGUGAUCAAAUCAAAAAUUCUUUACUGGAUAUUCCUGGUGAACUAUUGAAGAGGAUCGAUAAAGUUUCAUGUUUGUUGGAGGUUGCAUCAUCAGAUUCCUCAGUUGCAUAUCAUCUUUCUAAUCUUCGUGAUGCUGUUACAGAAGCUUCUAAUUUGGAUACACGGUUUUCAGACAUCUUCGCUCUCGUUAAAGACUUUUAACCUGUUCACUGUUUUCCUAUAUUGCUUGCAAAAUAUUGACAAUAAGUUUCCAUUACUCCAGUACAUAGAUGUUAUUAACAAUAGGUUAUUCAUUAUCUUUUUUAUUGAAGACUACACUUUAAGAAAUAUGUGCAGCUGCUACCUUAAGAUAAAAAAACUGUUAAAAAUGUAAAGAACUUUUGUGUUGCAUAUUAUUAAAUUUUGAAAAUCGUG